UAUAUUAAAAAAACUGAACUGUGAAAUUUGAAGAUAACAAGACUAACUAACCUCAUGAAAUUUUUCUCUUUGAAUCCUUAUCAAAAUCGUGAAAUUUGAAGAUGACAAGACUAACUAACCUCAUGAAAUUUUUCUCUUUGAAUCCUUAUCAAAAUCCACUUCAAAAACAGACAAACAAAAAAAAUACUGGUCAAGAUCUUCUAUUCUAUUCUCAAAUUUAAACGAGGCCAGAGUAAAGUGGAAUUGACUGUACUUACUAUUAUUAUUAAAUGAUUAUUUGGAAGAGGCUAACAGGAACCGCCAAGCGCCUGCUUCCCUUGACUCCCGGACGGCGGGGUUCAGAGUACAAAAUUGUUGCGAUACGCAGCUUAUCUAUCACAACGUUCGGAAGCUGAAAAAUGGUUGCGGAAGGGCCGAGCCCUGUAAUAAUUGACGAGGAUUUAAAUAGCUUGUAUUACGGGGCAGAGGAGGAAGAAGAGGCGCCAUUGCCAUUGAAGAAGGUGCCCACAGGGAACGUGUACGAGGCCUCACGGGCGGGUGAUGUGGAGCGCCUCAAGUAUUUGCUCGCCGCGGGCGUCAAUGUCAAUGCCAGAGACGCCUGGGACUCCGUCGCGCUCUACUACGCUUGCCUCGCAGGUCACCUGGAUGCUGCUAGAAUGCUGCUGGAGAGUGGAGCGAUAUGCUCAGAGAACACCUUUGAUGGGGAUCGCUGUCAUUAUGCUGCACUCAAUCUCAAGGUGAGGAGGCUGCUAAAGACAUUUGAGGCGAGACCGCCGCCUCUGGAACCACUGCAGAGUGCACUACGUGAGGUCUUCUUGAGCUGCAAGGGCAAUAGACUCUUUCAAAAUGAAUAUGCAAGUUAUGGUUCAGGAGAUGGAUCUUCGAGUGAGCAUUUUGGCAAUGGUUUUGCACCAGACAUUACAUUCUAUGUUCAAGGAAGGCCAAUUGAAGCACAUAGAGCUAUUUUAGUAGCACGCUCACCAUUUUUCAAGAAGAAAUUCCAGACAGACUGGAAGUACCGCAAAGAAAUUAGGUUUUCUAAGCAGAAAUUGUCUUUUCCUGCGCUUUAUAGCCUAAUUCAUUUCUUCUAUUCGGACAGACUUGAUAUAGCUGUGGAUGACAUGGAAGAUUUGGUUAGAAUAUGUAAGGUGUGCAAAUGUGAGGGACUGAAAACUGCUGUUGGGAAUGAACUUAAGCAUCAAAAAUAUGCGAACUAUAAAUUGUUGAGAGAUGCCGAUGAUUCUCAAAAGAGAUUUAUUUUACAGGGAUCCUCUCUCCCAGAACAAGAAAGGCUUCCUGCUGCCAUGCACCGGCUUUUACAUUUGUCGCUUGAGAAGUCUCAAAGAGAGAUGAAAACAGAAAAUAUAGGACAAAGCACUGGCCUUAUUGAUUUUUCGGACACCUUUGAUAGUUCGAAUAUAUCCAAGACUGUGAAAAAUACAAGUGCAAACAUUGAAGUUUCCAGUGAAAACGGGGACUUAAAGGAGUUUUUUGGACAAGAUGUAACUGCAUGUGGCCAGAAGAUGGAAAUGGGCAUUCAGUUUCAAGAUAAAUGUGAAAUUUCAAACAGUAAUCAGGCAGAAAAGUGCUGUCAAGAGUCUGAAAUGCAUUGCAAGCUUGAUACUGAUGAAAUGUCUUUGAUUGAUCAUGCUGAUGUCUGUUUCAUUGUUGAAGGGAAAAAAUUCCGGAGCCAUCAAGUGAUUUUGGCUUCGAGGUCAGACUACUUCAAGGCCAGGUUGUCAAGAACUACUGGUUUUCUUGAAGGAAAGGAUGGAUUGCAGAAUGGGGAUCUUAUGCUACUUGAGGAGCAUGAUCUGAGUGCUGAAGCAUUUGAAAAGAUACUGGAGUACAUGUACACAGACAAAGUGGUUGAUAUUGACUCAGAACAAGCAGAAGAGAUGUUUGAUGCUGCAUCCAGAUAUUUAUUAUUCCCCCUGAAACGGGCUGUUGCAGAUGCGUUGUUACCACAUCUGGAACAUGCAUCCCCUGCAGAAUUAUGUGACUGGCUAAUGCUUGCAGAUAUGUAUGGGGUAUGGAAGAUUAGGGAGCAUUGCCUAGAUGCAAUGGCUUUGAACUUUGAGACAUUUGCUGAAACAAGGGAGUUCCGUAAAAUGUUACUAGCACUUCCACCUCCUUCUGGUGAUACUGCACUACGGACAACUGUUCCUAGUGCACCUGGAGAACAAGGAAAGUCCAACCAAGAAAAUAUUCUUGAUGACUUGCGUGAGAAAUGGCUUGAGGUGGAAGCAGCUGAACUUGAUAAAAGAGAUGAGAGUGCCUUGCAGUUUGACAAAAGAUUGGAAAUGCUUGUUCUAGUGGCAGAAAAUGAAAACCAAUCCACCGCCUCCCAAGAACUACAGUGGUCUUAAUAAUGGUGUCGAUAUGUAUUCUAGCCCUCCAGUUGGAUACUGGUCCCCUGAAAUUGGCAAGCUGGUAUUCCAAAUCCAGUAAAAAACAUUGCCAUAGCAUGGACUGGUAACUCUGUUCCUUCAUGAUUUGCUGAAAAGGAGAAAAAACUGAAUUUGUGCCUGUGAGCUAGGUUCAAAUUGAGUAGUGUUUGUCACCAAGUGCUGUAUCUAAUACAAAUUCAUUAGUUGCAGAAACUCACAGGGUGCUGACA